UACAAAUUUUGCUUAAAUUUCGACUGAAAAAAAAACAUACAAAGUCAACUUGAGAAAAAAAAAAAAAAAAACUAGAAAAUCUCUUCCACAUUACAGCGGGAUCUCUCUCUCUCCCUCUCUCCCCUCUUCUGCUCUCUCUCUUCCUCCGCCGGCAGACCACCGGUGCAGCGCAAUCGAUCAACGGUGGCCCCCGCCCCAGCCUUAAGAAAUGGCUUGGGUACUAACUCUCGCCAUCCUCUUCUUCACCACCGCCGUCUCCGCCGCUGUAUCUCGAUCGAAUUCUCCGCAUCUCCAUUCGAUUGCGUUCGUCAAUAACACGAGUAGUAGAGGCAACGCCAUGAUCUUGCCACUGUUUUUCAAGCAGCGCAACAGCCACCGCCUCAAGGAGGACUUUUUCUCCCGUCGCCAUCUCCACGCGCGCACCAUUCCCAACGCUCGCAUGCCUCUCCACGACGAUCUCCUCCUCAACGGGUAUUACACGACUCGGCUGUGGAUCGGGACGCCGCCGCAGAGGUUCGCUCUCAUAGUUGAUACUGGGAGUACUGUUACUUAUGUUCCUUGCUCGACUUGUGAACAGUGUGGAAAGCAUCAGGAUCCGAGGUUCCAACCGGAUUUGUCAAGCACCUAUGAACCUCUAAAGUGCAACAUUGAUUGCACUUGUGAUACUGAUAGAGAACAAUGUAUUUAUGAAAGGCAAUAUGCUGAAAUGAGUUCUAGCAGUGGGGUCUUGGGAGUUGACAUAAUUUCAUUUGGCAAUCUAAGUGAUCUAGAACCGCAACGAGCUACUUUUGGAUGUGAGAAUAUGGAAACAGGGGAUCUUUACAAUCAACAUGCGGAUGGAAUAAUGGGUUUAGGUCGUGGAGAUCUGAGUAUUGUGGAUCAGCUCGUUGAGAAAGGUGUAAUCAGUGAUUCAUUUUCAUUGUGCUAUGGUGGAAUGGAUGUGGGUGGUGGUUCAAUGGUUCUUGGAGGAAUUUCCCCCCCUAAUGAAAUGACUUUUACACAUUCUGACCCGGUUCGCAGUCCAUAUUACAAUCUCGAGCUGAAUGAGAUUCAUGUUGCUGGGAAAAAGCUGCCCCUAAAUUCCAAGGUUUUUGAUGGCAAACAUGGAACUGUACUGGAUAGUGGCACAACCUAUGCUUAUCUUCCCGAAGCAGCAUUUGAGGCCUUUAAAGCAGCGAUUUUGAAGGAAACCCAGUCCCUCAAAAGAAUACAAGGUCCCGACCCUAACUAUAAUGAUAUCUGCUUCUCAGGUGCUGGAAGUGAUGUUGCACAACUAUCAAAAGCUUUUCCGUCCGUUGAAAUGGUAUUUGGCAAUGGACAGAAGCUGUUGUUGGCUCCCGAAAAUUAUUUAUUCAGGCACUCGAAGAUGCAUGGUGCAUACUGUCUUGGGAUCUUUCAGAAUGGAAAGGAGUCAACCACUCUUUUGGGAGGUAUAAUUGUCCGGAAUACACUUGUAACAUAUGACCGUGAACAUGAAAAGGUUGGUUUCUGGAAAACCAAUUGCUCCGAAUUGUGGGAGAGACUUCACUUAUCGCCUGCCUCGCCACCUCUUCCUUCAGACACACCUCUUCCUUCAGACACAGAUGAGGUGAACUCAACCGCGGGCAUGGCUCCUAAGCUUGCGCCAACUGGACCCCCUCAACCCAAAACUGCAGGGGAAGUUAAGGUCAGGCUGAUAAAAUUCUCUUUGUUGUUGACCAUGAACUACACGGAGUUGAAGCCUCACAUUUCGGAACUUUCUCAGCUCAUUGCAAAGGAUUUAGAUGUUCAGCCUUCUCAGGUUCAGUUGACGAACUACACUUCCGGGGGGAAUGAGACCCUAUUAAGAUGGGCUAUUUUUCCAGCACAAUCUGAUGAGUAUAUCUCUAAUGCUACUGCUAUGCAUAUUGUAUCCAGGUUUAGUGGAAAUGAGUUGCAUCUCCCUGAUAGUUUUGGAAGCUACAAAUUGGUUGAUUGGAGCAUGGAGCCGCCAACUAAGAGGACAUGGUGGCAACAACAUUACUUGGCGUUAGUCAUAGCAUUUGUUGUAGUGGUUCUAAUUGGACUACUGGGAUCUGGGGGGUGGUUUAUCUGGAGAAGGAACCAGAACCGGGCCGAAGUCCCGUACAAGCCCGUUGAUUCAGUUGUAGCCGAGCAGGAACUCCAGCCUUUGCAGAACUAGAGAAGUGAAUUUUCGGUGUGAUACUCAGCUUGUGGCUGACUUGUACCUCUGAUUCGUUUUGCUCCGGUAGCAACAGGAUUCAUUUUAAAGGCGAAAUUGUAGCUUAGAAAUUUAAGGCGGCGAAACCCUUGCAAUGAGCAUGCCAUUUUCUGGCCAUGUCUGUGUAUAGCAGAAUUUCAUUUCAGCAACCUCUGCCAUGAAAGUGAAUUCUUGCUUUCAUAAAUUUAGAAUGUUUAGUCACAGGAACAUUUUAUAUAGGAUCACAGCAUCAAUGAAUAAGUAAUGUUGAAAAACA